AAAAAAAAGAAAGGACAUAGACAGCGCUUUCGUGAUAGCGCACGGACAUGAUCAGUUUCGCAGCUGAGACGUAUUAGCAGGAAAAAGAUUGGUUGAGUUGGGUCUCUGGAAGUAACAUCGUAAGCUACGCUAGUUUCAUGUUUUCAAAGAGUCAGAGCAAAAGAGAUAUUGCUCUCAGCAAAAAAUUAUCAUAUCUACUACGUCAUGGAGCUGUAAAGGAAGGCUUAAAUAUUAAACCAAAUGGUUUUGUUACAGUUAAUGAGCUCUUGAAUAAAUCAUUACAUCAGUGUACCAUUGACGACAUCAAGAGGAUAGUAGAGAAAAAUAAUAAACAACGAUUUACCCUUGAAACAAUUAACGGCAUUUUAGAAAUCAAGGCAAAUCAAGGACAUACUAUACCCAAAAUUAACAAUCUGAGUUUAAAAAUACUUGACCUUAUUGAAUUUGAUAUAAUUCAUGGAACAUAUUUUAAUUAUUGGCCAAAGAUAAAAACUGAAGGUUUAUCUUGUAUGAAAAGAAAUCAUAUUCACUUUGCAAAAGGAUUAAAUUUUAUCAACGGUCUACGUCGAAGUGCAGAACUUUUCAUUUAUAUUAAUUUUGGAAAAGCAAAGGAAGAUGGUUUAAUAUUUCUUGAAUCUGAAAAUGGCGUUAUUCUUUGCGCUGGAAAUUCGAAAGGAUUUAUCGAAACGAAAUAUUUUUUGAAAGUGCUUACUAAAGAUGGUCAAACAUUGAAUUUUUAUUAAAAAUAACUAUUUUCUCUUAUUUUUUGAUAUAUUACUAUUAAGAGACUAAUAUUCUUUAGAAACAGAGAUACAAUUAAGUCAAAGCGAUAAUUAUCAGUAAUUGUUUACACAACAAUUGAAUAAUGAAUUCUAAAUCAUACGCUGAGUCUGUCAAACCUGCGAAAGAAGAAAUUGCUACCAGCUCAAAACAUCAAGAAACAAAA